UGACAUUGCCAAGAUUCACUAAAUUUUUUCAUAUUUGACAUGGAUAAACUUAAAAGACCAGUGUAUUGCAGUGUACAGGGAUGUAAAAAAAAAAAAAAGGCACACGAAGACUGUAUUAGUUUCCAUAAACCACCAAAAGAUCGUUCAGUUUUUAAUAAGUGGCUACUGGCUCUGAAAGUAAAAAAUUUAUCAGUGCAUGCUCGUAUAUGUAAUCAUCACUUUUUACCUGAAGAUUUUUUACCAGUACCAGGUAAAAAGCAGCUUAAACCAGAAGCAGUUCCCUCUCUAAAUGUUCCUGUUUCUUUGAUAACAACAAUUACCAGAGAUCCUAAUUUGCCAAAAAAAAGAAAGGAAAGAAUAGAAAAAAGAAAUCUAAAAAAAAUAAAGCUGGAUGAAGAAAACCAAGCAGUCAACGAGAAUGUACAAGAUUCUAAUGUUCAGCUCUUAGAAAGUGAUGUUCCUCAUAUUAAUUUAAUAGACUCUGACAAUGGUGUAGCUUAUGACGCAGAACUAAUAGAAGAUAUAACUCAUAAAGAUAGUGGUGUUCAAGCAACCUGUGAUGUGAUUGUUAAAAGUACUCAAACUGAUUUGUCUGGCUCAACGUUCAAGUUGACUGAUGCGUUUAACAGUGAAGAAAAUCUUAAAAUAUUUACUGGUGUACUGUCAUUCAAGAUUUUACUCACAUUAGAGGAGUGCAUAAGUGAAUUAAGGAAAAUUGGUAAAAAAAAACGCAUUAUAAUUCUUUCCCUAAGAGAUUGUAUUUUACUAACAUUUGUAAAACUAAAACAAAAUCUACCAUACAAUGCACUGGGUGUUCUAUUCGGAAUCAGUCAUGUUAUGGCAAAAAAAUGUUUUAUAAACACUCUAAAAGAACUCGCCUUGGUGUUGAAGUGUUUAUUGAGAUGGCCGAGUAAAGAAGAAAUUCUAAAUAAUAUGCCAAAGUGUUUUGAUAAAUAUAAAGGAACUAGGAUUGUACUGGAUUGCUUAGAAAUACCAAUCAGACAAUCCAAAUGUCUGAAAUGCAGAAUUCCCACUUACUCUAAUUACAAAGGAAGACAUACAGUGAAAAUUAUGCUUGGUGUAACUCCAUCAGGUAUGAUAUCAUAUGUCAGCAAGGCGUAUGGUGGUCGAGUAUCAGACAAGGCCAUUUUCAAAAGAUCUCACUUAUUAGAUAGAAUGAUUAGAGGUGUAGAUCAAAUAAUGAUUGACAGAGGAUUCUUGAUCGAGAGAGAAUGUGCUGAAUUUGGUAUUAAAAUAAUCAGGCCACCCUUUUUAAGAAAGAAAAAAAAAUUUUCUGCCAAUGAAGCUACUUCAGGAGCUGAUAUUUCAUCUGCAAGGGUACACGUUGAAAGGAGAAUAAAACGUAUACGAGAAUUUGUUAUUAUGCAAGGUCCCCUAUCAACAGAAAUUGUGCCUUAUAUUAACAUAAUAACAAAAGUGAUUUGUGCCUAUAGUAACUUAUGCUCACCAAUUUUAAGUGAAGAUAAAUUCAGAGCUCAAUACUAAUCAAUGAUUGUUAAUAAAUCUUUUUUAUUUACUUUGGCAAACAAUAAUACUUAACAUAAUAUAAAC